GUUUAGGACAGCUUUUCCGAGCUGUCCUUCUAGCCUCUGGUGACGUAGCGUGCCCGGUGUGGCUGUUUCUUCCUGUUAUAGGGAUUGGGAAGUGUUUCUGUGGAAUUGGUACAUAAAUCCCGAGAAAUAAUGUCAAAGGUAACAUUCAAAAUUACACUAACUUCAGACCCCCGGCUUCCUUUCAAAGUAUUAAGUGUUCCUGAAAAUACACCCUUCACAGCAGUGUUAAAGUUUGCUGCAGAAGAAUUUAAAGUACCUGCAGCAACUAGCGCUAUAAUAACAAAUGAUGGGAUAGGUUUAAAUCCAGCACAGACAGCUGGUAAUGUUUUUCUUAAACAUGGUUCAGAACUUAGACUCAUUCCAAGAGACCGAGUGGGCAGCUGCUAAUGUUUCCUUAGGGUCUGCUUUAUGAAUUGUGGAAACCUGCUUUAAAGGAAAUAUUUAUUAUGGGACUAUAACAUGGUCAAGAGUAUAGUUUUUAAGUUAACGUCCAGGAUUUGUUGAUGCAGCCUCUUUAAUUUCAACCUAUUAAAGAUUUGUAUAAUUUACAAUUA